UUUGGAAAACCAUGUUCAUAAUUCGUAGAUAGUAUUUGAGGAAUCUUACCUGCUCUCUCUCAAAUUAUGAAACUGAAGUCCAUCACUGGAGUCGUCGGACGUGAGCGAUGGAAAAUGUUAUUCUUCCUCUUCCAUAACUCCUCCUUCUCCUCUUCCUCCAUCAGGCGUCCUCCUCGGAUGGUUUUGAUCUGGGGGAUCUCUUCCAGGGCUUUUACCCCACGGGCGUCCUCCUCGGAUGGUUUUGAUCUGGGGGAUCUCUUCCAGGGCUUUUACCCCACGGGUGGGGGGAAUGUGACUGACCUUUGCAGCAACCACACCGGGGCUUUCUUCGAUGAACUCAACCGAAUAGAUAGCAUUUCCGAAUGGGCGCUCAAAAUGGUGGACGCGACCGGGAAAAUGCCGUCGGGGAUCCUCACGGGGAACAUCUGGGCGUUGGGGAACUACGAGGAAUGCAUCGGGACCCGGGCGAGGCUCAACGAGACCCUCUACGCGGACGUGGAACGGCUGGAUUUCGCGGGAAAGUACUGCGUCGUCACCUUCAUGGCCGUUCCCCCAGAAGGCAAGGAGGUUCGGAGCGACCAACUGGUGAAUGGUCUGGCAUCACUCGGGAUCUAUGGAGUGCCGUUCCUCGCGGAGGGGAUCUGCCUCCCAUCGUCCUGUUCCGAUGCAGACGUUCAGAAUUCUUUGUCGGCCAACUUCGAAGGAACGAUUCAGGCGGGGAUAGUGGGUUGUCAGGACGAUAGCGUCCCUCCUCUUACCACUUCGGGGAUCAUCCUCGUUGUGGUGCUGUCUCUGUGCGGCGUUUACUUCCUAAUCGGCCCGAUCUGGGAUCUUAGGUUUCGGAGUAACAAGAAGAAACCUGAGACAUUCACGGACAGGCUGCUCGUGACGGGUUCUUUAUACACCAACGGGGAGAAGCUUCUCUCAACGAAACAAGGCUCUGAUGUCAUCGGCAGCCUUCACGGAAUUAGGUUCGUCACCAUGACGUGGGUCGUCCUGGGGCACACCUACUCCAUAAUGACUGCCGGUGCUCCUAUCAUCAAUCCGAUGGUGUUCGAUGAAAUGACGAAAGGUUUUUUUUUCAACGCUAUAUUGAAUGCUACGCCGUCGGUGGACACGUUCUUCUUCAUGAGUGGACUCCUCGUCUCCUAUCUCCUCCUCAAGGAACUUCAAAGGAACAAAGGGAAAUUCAACAUCAUCAAGUUCUAUAUUCAUCGAUACAUCAGGCUCACGCCGAUCUACGCGAUGGUGCUUUGGUUCUCCAUCGAACUCUUCCAAUAUACGUUCUCGGGCCCUUUGCACAAAUUCGUCACAGACGCCUUGACCGAGCCCUGCCGGGACCAAUGGUGGAAGAACCUCCUCUACAUCAACAACAUGUUCGAGGCGAACGAAGGGAUGGGAUUUUACCCCACGGGUGGGGGGAAUGUGACUGAACUCUGCAGCAACCACACCGGGGUUCUUUUCGAUGAACUCAACCGAAUAGAUAGCAUUUCUGAAUGGGCGCUCAAAAUGGUGGACGGGACCAGGAAAAUGCCGUCUGGGAUCCUCACGGGGAACAUCUGGGCGUUGGGGAACUACUAG